ACAGUUCAUUUUACGGUUAUGUGCGCUACUGAGUUGCUGUCAAUGAAGGAUUCAGUAAGCAAAGAAGAUAAUACAAAAUCCAAAGCUCAGCUUAAAGCUGAAAGGAGGGCUAUUCAAGAAGCUCAAAGAGCUGCGAAGGCUGCUUCUAAAGGUACUGACAAGCCAAAAGUCACGCAAACACCAAAUGCCGCUCCUAAUGCACCAAAUACUCACCCAAAUCAGGACACAGGCAUGGAUGAACAAAAGACUAUUUCCUCAAUGGAUGAGAAAGCAUGUAUCGGUGUGGUGCAAAGUCAAAAUAACCGCCUCGAUUAUUCCAACCUUAAAAUUGCCGAAGUUCCGAUGUCCAGAACACAGGAGUCCUGUCGCGUUCACCUCUUCAAGCAUCUUGACCAACCAGACAAGCGAGUAAAUGUUAUCAGUUAUCUUGGUUUAGGGACUCGUUCCUCAAUCCAUCCUUCAUUCCUCACUCUGGGUGUCGAUUUUGACGAAGAUCGAAUAUGGGGCUCCAAUGAGAAGUGUUUAGCGUUUUUGUCGUCAUGUGAAGAACUCAUACGUUCAUUCAUUCCGAAGUCACCUUCCGAAAGAAUGAGCAAUCACACUGGAACAAAUGAUGCUCUGUUUUGCCGGAGUUUCGGACCAGUUUUGCAAGCUCAUGUAAACUUUCUUCAGCUUUGUCGUCCAUUAUCUGUUACGAUACAUAAUGCAUAUCAGUAUCUGAAGCAGACACUUACUCGCCUAGAUUCCGUGGAAGAUUGGGAUGAGUGCAGAGGCAGUUUUUUAUCAGCCAUCGUCGAAUUUAGACGUGGUUCAAUUUACUUGGCAGGAGAUGAAAUUGUAGAUCGUACAGUUAAUUUGAUUCGUUCUGGUGAAUGUGUUUGUAUAUUUGGAUAUUCAUCCUUAGUAGCCCGUGUGCUGGAACGUGCAUGGAAAUCUCCAUGCAACACAUCUGUCAAUCAAGUUGAUGCAAAUGUUGAUUUUUUAGCUGACAAAAUGAAAACAUGUUUUGUAAACACUAAAUCGGAUCCAUCAAAUAAAACUACAAACAGAGUUUUUAGUGUUUUGGUUGUUGACUCUCGACCGAAAUUUGAAGGUAGACAAAUGCUAACCAGAUUGUUGAAAGCAGGAAUACCAUGUGAAUAUACACAUAUUGGUGCAUUGCCAAGUGUUGCAAAUAAGAUAUCUCUAGUUAUUCUGGGCGCCCAUGCUCUUCUUAGCAAUGGCUACGUACUAGGUCGUAUGGGGAGCGCUCAAGUAGCCAACAUUGCAGCCUCUAUUUCUCAUGCUCCAACAAUAGUCUGUGCUGAAACUUACAAAUUUUGGGAGCGCGCCCAUUCUGAUGCAUUCGAGUAUAACGAACUUGGAGAUCCUGACGACAUUUGGCGAGGUCCACGAGGUACAUCACCAGACUAUAAAAAGGGCAUUCCUGGUUUCGGUCCAACUGGACUUCCAGAUAGAAUUGAAUCUUCUACAACUGAUUUGAGUGAAUGGCGUUCAAAUUAUAGUCUUAGACUGUUACAUUUAGAAUAUGAUGUGUUACCGCCUACAUUGGUUACAGCUGUAGUAACUGAAAAGGGCACCUUACCUACAACCUCUGUUCCUGUAGUCCUGCGAGUAAAACAAGCUUCUAUAACCAAUGUGUAAAUGUUCGUAUUUAUUCGAAGAAAUGCAUAUAUAGAUAACUGAACAGAUAUACUCCCGUGAACAGGAGAAUCGGUGUAUCUUCUCUACUAGCAUGAAUACUUAAAAUGAUCAGGAAGCAGUGUGUUUAAAAAAUAAACAUAACCUGAGCUCAUAUAUUCAGUUGGUUGUAGACUCCAGGAAGAUAAGGCAACUAUCCAGUGCUCAGUUGUUUUCAACAGUUUUGAAAUGAUAUCGGUCUAUGCUGAAGAUUAACUUAACUUCAAACUGAGCAAUAUCCGAAAACACCUCACUCAAAUAAUUUUAAUUAUUUGCUCUUUACUGACUAGUUUUAAUACGAAUUCCUGAUAUUCAAAUGAGCAACAAAAACUGAUGACGUUAAAGUACAUCUAAAGUAUGAUAGAUGUCACUGACUUCACUACAUGAUUGUUGCACAGUAUGGCAACUUAGCUAAACUUUUAAAUGUAAGUUAUCUAAUUCCGACUUAAGGGUCUAGGUUUAUUCUGAUAGCCAUGAGAACUGAAAAUUCUUCGCUGAUUCAAGUGAGGCGUAAUAGGUGCUCAUUAUUAACCGAAUACCUUCGGCUUUUAAUUAGAUUAACUUCCACAUUCUAGUUUAGAUUUCACAUUAUCUGGUAAAUGUUAGACCAUAAGUCUUUUAGUUGUAAAGUAUUUUGGAGAUUUAUAUGUACAGAAGAGUAUAUGAACAGAAUACAUGGGACAAAGGAACCUAAUUAUAUGUGAUGAGUUUGAAACACAAUUGAUCUGUGAGGAUUUAGUACUCUAUCGUAUUGUAGUACCACGUAAAACUGGCUUUUAGCCUUGUAAAGAAAUAUACAUCUAGUCAUUGAGUUACAUCUUGCUUUAUGGAAAAUCAAUGAAAAUUAGGAUUAGUCACUUGUUAUUCAAAAUGUUAGUUAUCCAUUUAAAAGAAAACUAACAUCAAAUUGAAGUGUUUCUGCCAAUAUUGGUAAUCUAAAAACAGGUCAAGAUAGAAACCUAUAUGAUUAUAUUGCUUGAAGAAAUUGUGAAUAAUUCUCAUUUUUACUAUUCAAUUGUAAUAUUACAAAAAAUGUUAUUUAUGUAUGAUGUUCGUGUUGAUAUUCAUUCAAAAUAAAUUUUUAAACAUGCAACGAAUUGAUGAUGCUGUUGGGAAGUGUUCACUUUUGUACUAAAAUCUGCUCAAACAUAUAAAAGAAAGAGAAAAGAGAAUGCGUUUUAUCCCAUUAACUUCAUUGUUUAAAAAAAGUAAUGAGACUGGUUCAUAAAUAGAAGACUAUUUAUUAACCAGACUAAUUGCUAAUGACGAAUUUAUGUAAUAUUCAAGAAGAUAUGUAAAAACCCUCAAUCUUCUCCUUCUACAAUAUUGAUCAUUGAGUUUUAUUAAUUGACAUUUAAAAACCAUUAAAACUAUUUUAAUUCCAAAAAACCGAUUUGCCGAUACAUUUCAGUUCUUCAAAUUGUAAGUCAGAACCUUUACUUAAAUGUAGCCGUAAAAAACUCAAAUUUAAGCCUCCACAGUAGCAUUAAUUUGUAUUUAUACAUCUUUUUUAUAUAACAUCUUUACUUGGCCAUUGGAUGAACUGAUUUUAAUGUCAAUUCGCCUUUACAUUAUUCUUCAACUUAAAUGUUGUACCUCCAAAAGCUUCGUUUCGAAUUUAAAAUCUUAUACAUUUUGUCAAUUCAAAUCAUGUUUGUCAUCAACUUUUCCAAUAUCGUAGUGUUGUUGUUGCCAACACUAUUGAUCUUGUCAUGUUUUUAUCAAAUAUAAUCCUCAAAUUUGAUUGACAUUAUUUCCAUUUGUGUAGUUAGUUUCCAAUCAAAAUAUAUUUCAAUGAAUGAUUUUUACAU